AUGAUGGUGAGUGUCGGUGUUGCUGUGACGAGGAGUCUGUUGGUUCUCUCUAUGUCUGCCUUUUUGUCUCUCGUCAUGACUGACACAGACCAAUUGUGCAGAUCAUUACAACCAUCUGGCUCAGAAAUCAAGCGCGGACCACCACGUAGCUAUAGUGUAAAAGAAGGUGUCAAUGUGCCAGUAAGUGGUAUUGAUCUGUACGUGUUCCUGUCUAAACAAAAGUCUGUAAAAGACAUGUUCUCAAAUGAGAAUCUAAAAAAAAUGGGAAAAACUAUUUCGAAGUUCUUCAUCUUCAAUACAAUACCAUUCAAUGCAGCUGAUUGUGGGCCUUAUUAUCAGUCAAUGAUGGAAACUAUUGCGGAUGCUAGCCCAGGAAUAAAGGGCCCCAUAGGAUAUCAAAUUGGUGGUUCUUAUUUGGAGGAAGAGAUUCAAGAGCUUGAUGCGUAUAUAUCUUCAAUGAAGGUAAAAUGGCCUCAGUAG